UGACAAUCCAGUCCAGUUGCCAUCCAUCCAGAAUGUUUGUCUCUUGGUGCCUCACAAUCUUCCCCCAGCAGUUCUCUUCCGCCCUUUACUAUAAUGUACACUGUUAGUUCAGCCUUAGCAUUCUUUUCCUUCGCGCUAGGGUCAACGGGAACGUACCUACCAUCCCAUUCACAUCAUCUAUCUCACCAAUGCUGGCAUGAACACCCCUUCUCAACUGUAACACUACAGUGUCUAGAUGGAGGGAAUUCUGAGAAUGUCGAAACCAUCAGAGGCCGAUUGAUAACACCUGGUUCGCCAUCCAGACCAGCCUUUCGGAUAUCAUCCGAUACAUCACAGUACGGCCCGUGGACGCACCAGCCAAUUUGCACAGAUGUCUUGCAGAGUCUAGGUAGUCCGCUUUGUGUAUAUACAAGUGCUUCGUUUAGCAAUGGAAGGGGCAUUUCUAUAUUUACAACACCAAAGAUUGCUGAAGAAUUUGCCAGUUUGCCGGCCAUCCAGGACCCAACAAUUCUCGAAACGAGGAGCAUCAAUAUUGACAGUGGGACUUGGCAUGUUCAGGAAAUGUCUGGAAAGGGUAUGGGCAUGGUAGCGAAAAGAAACCUCAAAUUCAAAGAUCGCAUCACGGGAUAUACUCCAGCUUUGCUUGCCCAUGUCGAAGAUGAGCUAUCUACGUUGGAGCGAGAAAGGUUCUUCCGUCUGGCAGUCAACCAAUUACCUGACGCUAUGAGAGACAUGUACUUGAGGCUUGCAACUGUGUAUGGUGACCCACGAGUGAGGGUACAGGACAUCGUAAAAGCGAACACGUUCCAACUAGAUAUUGGCGGCCAGAACCACCUCGCGGUCUUCCCCGAAACCUCAAGACUGAAUCAUGCAUGUGCACCAAAUGCCCAAUAUUACCUCGAACCAACAUUACUAACGCACAUUGUGCAUGCAACAAGGCCUAUCCAGCAGGGCGAAGAGAUAACCAUAGCCUAUACAUCGCCUGUGGAUUUCACCAAGGUGCGACAACAAAACCUUCAAAAUGGUUUUCACUUCACCUGCACGUGCUCUCGUUGCAGUGACCAAGCUCGGUCGGAUGCAACCUUGAAGCAGAUCCAAGAUCUACAGGAACGUCUCAACGAUUGGUCUGCCUCAUCAACAGCUUCACCCAAAACUGCCGAGAAGUUGCUUCAAAUCUACCGCCAGGAAGGGCUCGAAGGAUUCCUCACCAUCCCGUAUGGUUUCGCAGCCCUCGCGUACAAUGCUGUUGGGGACACGAAAAAAGCGAUAAAAUACGCGAAUCUGGCGAAAGAGUUGACCCUCAUGAAGGACGGUAUGUGGUCAGCGAACUUAGGGAUGUACGAGGACAUUCUCAAAGAUGCGCGAGCUCACUGGAGCUACAACAGGAGAUUGUGAAAGGAGUUCUCUUUGAUCCACUAGCUAUCUGUUCACCAUUGGCGUAUGAAUGUGGUCGUCACUUAAUAACUCUACGGCGGGUUCAGUUCACGAGAUUGAUGUAUAAGGCGCCUGCCUGACUUCUAUUGCGAUACCGAAUAAAGAGCAUUCAGACCAUGAG